AUGUCUAUCUCCAUGUCCAUGAGCUUGUCCCAAUCUGAAAUGCUCACUGCUCCCUGCAAAUUCCGCUCCUUCGCACGCGCCACCGCGCCUUUCCGUCUCAGGGCUUUCUCCACCGCCAUCACCGAUAAGCCAUCCGUUUGCACUGCCGACGAACUACACUAUGUCUCCCUCUCCAAUUCCGAUUGGAAACUCGCUCUCUGGCGCUACAACCCUUCGCCUCUCGCACCUCGGAGGAAUCAUCCUCUGUUGCUCUUGUCGGGCGUGGGAACUAACGCCAUUGGAUAUGACCUUUCCCCUGAGUCAUCAUUUGCACGUUACAUGUCCGGUCAGGGAUUUGAAACUUGGACUCUGGAAGUACGAGGGGCUGGGUUGAGUCUUCCGGCUUCAAAUUCCAAAGAUGUUGGACAGGUUGCCAAUGCAAUGUCUGAGAAAAUGGAAGCUGCUUCAGAAAGUGCAACUGCUACCAAUGGAGCCGUGGCUUCAAAUAAAGAAUUAAAUAACAUCUCUUCUGCAGUAUCUGAACCUCAGAUUUCUGCUCCAAAUGGAGUAGAAAUUGAGAAUGCGGCAAUUAAAGGUGACCUAACUAGGUUAGCUACUGCUUGGGAUGAAUCAAAAUUGGUGGCAAGAUUGAGCGAGACUUUUAUGUUUUUGUCAGAAAGAGUCUCUGGGUUUUUGAGUGAAAGUCAAUCAAGGGUGAUGUUUGCCAAAUUUCUAGAUCAGAUUUCAAAACUUUUGGUGGAUUCUCCAUUGUAUGAGCAAUUCAAUGAGAUAAGGGGAAAACUUUCAACCUUGUAUGAAACAAAGCAAAACUCUGGAUUUACUAGUCAAAUAACUGAUCUGAGUCAAAAACUAGUAAAAAUUAUCGAGGAAGGUCAGUUAUCCGUUUCUCCUCCAUUAUUUGAUCUACAAGCUCGCUUUACUUCUACAAUAGAAGAUUUUCAGAAGCAACUUGAUUUGAUGGUGAAGUAUGAUUGGGACUUCGAUCAUUACCUGGAAGAAGAUGUUCCUGCAGCGAUAGAAUACAUUAUGAAACAAAGCAUGCCUAAAGAUGGAAAAUUGCUUGCAAUUGGACACUCCAUGGGUGGUAUCUUGCUUUACUCCAUGCUGUCAAGGUUUGGCUCCGAAGGAAAAGAACCGAAUUUGGCUGCAGUAGUCACACUGGCAUCAUCUCUGGAUUACACAUCAUCCAAAUCAACUCUGAAGUUACUCUUACCCUUAGCAGAUCCUGCACAGGCUCUGAAUGUCCCUGUUGUUCCUUUAGGGGCAAUGUUGGCAGCAGCUUAUCCUCUUUCAUCUCGUCCGCCAUAUGUAUUCUCAUGGUUAAAUACUUUGAUUUCAGCUGAGGACAUGAUGGAUCCAGAUUUAUUGAAGAGACUUGUUUUGAAUAACUUCUGCACCAUACCCGCAAAACUUGUCUUGCAACUCACUACAGCAUUUCGAGAGCAUGGUUUAUGCAACAGGAAUGGGACCUUUUUUUACAAGGACCAUCUACACAAAAGCAAUACCCCUAUCUUAGCUAUUGCUGGAGACCAGGAUCUGAUUUGCCCACCUGAAGCUGUGGAAGAAACCAUGAAGCUAAUUCCUGAGCACCUGGUUACCUAUAAAGUGUUUGGAGAACCUGGAGGCCCACAUUAUGCUCAUUAUGAUUUGGUUGGAGGAAGGCUGGCGGUGGAGCAGGUGUAUCCCAGCAUAAUUGAAUUUCUUACCUGUCACGACAAGUGA